AUGGCGACGGCAGUUGUUACCGUCGCAAAUAUUUUGCACAAUCGCGACCCCUCAGUUUUUGCCGUUGCAAAAGAGGAGGCAUUGGCGACGGCAAUUGAAGGCCGACGCAAAUUGCCUAGAGGCUAUUUGACUCCUACUAGGGGCCUGAGACAGGGCGAUCCCUUAUCACCAUAUCUCUUCCUACUUGGUACAGAGGUGUUUUCAGCUCUUUUAGAGCAUAAGGUUUCUCAGGGGCAGCUUCAGGGGGUUCAGAUCUGCGCUGAGGCUCCUACGAUACACCACCUUUUGUUUGCAGAUGAUAGCCUUCUAUUUGGUAAGGCUAGUUUGGAGGAGAGUUCUCAGAUCCAGGAUGUCUUAGUGGAUUAUGAGUUAGCAUCAGGUCAGAAGCAGAUUGCAGACUCACUGGGUGUGGCCAUUGUGGAUAAACAUGAAAAAUAUCUCGGCCUACCUACUUAUCUGGGGAGGAAUAAGACUGAAACCUUUACUUAUUUACAGGAAAGUUUAAACAAGAAACUUGAGGGUUGGCAAGAAGUGUGCCAAGUUUGGUGGGGCAGUAAGGGUGAAAAUCGAAAGAUUCAUUGGUUGUCUUGGGAUCGACUAUGUCAACCCAAGGAGGCUGGUGGUAUGGGCUUUCGUGAUUUAUAUGCACAUAAUUUGGCUCUCUUGGCUCAGCAGGGUUGGAGGUUAGUGCGUAAUCCGGGCUCUCUUUUGGCUCGAUUGUAUCAGGCUAAGUAUUUCCCGAAUGGAGAUUUCUGGUCUAGUGGGCUUUCUUCAUCUCCAUCUGCAUGUUGGAGGGGUAUCCAUGCGGCUAAACACAUUCUGAGGAGGGGUGUUCGUUGGCAGGUGGGGAAUGGUCGGCUAAUACGGCCUUGGGAGGAUCCCUGGAUCCCGAGACCUUCUUCUUUUCUACCUAUCAUCCGGCAUGAGGAUGGACCGGAGAGAGUUUCUGAUUUAUUACUUCCAGGUUUCUCUUGGAAUCUGGCUCUUAUUAAUCAAUAUUUUGUGGCUGAUGAUGUUGAUUUGAUUUUAUCUAUGCCUCUUAGUCAGAGGGAUGUUCCUGAUCGUCUUACUUGGCAUUAUGAUAAGAAAGGUAGAUUUUCUACUAAGAGUGCUUAUGUGUUAGCUUUUGAGGAGCUCCAUAACUUUGGAGAAGUUGCUACUAGUUCGGAGGAUCUCUCUUCUUUCUGGAAACAUAUUUGGUUUGCUCAAAUACCGGGCAAGGUUAAAGUUCAUUGGUGGAAAGUAUGUUCGUCUAUCCUACCAACAGCUGCUUUGUUGCGCACUAAACAGGUUGUUGUUCAGGAUGGGUGUUGGUUUUGUAAUGAUCAUGAUGAAUCUAUUAAUCAUAUCACAAGGGACUGCCAGUUUGUUCAGGACUUGCUCUCUCUUUUUCCAGAGCUGCAUGGGGUGCUGCAGAUUGAUUGUAAUGAAGGUGGAUUAGGAGUGGUUAUUCGAGAUGUUAUGGGUGAUAUUGUUGGUGGAGUUUGUAUUACGGUCAAUUCUGUUACCUCUCCAGAUGUUGUUGAGGCCAUGGCUUGCAGGGCUGCUUGUUCCCUGGCAGUGCAGUUUCACCUUUCUCCUAUUAUGUUUGAGACAGAUUGUCAGAGUUUAGUUUCUACUAUUGAGGCUGAGGGGGAGGAGACUUCAUCCUUGGGUCGUAUUAUUGAGGAUAUCAAUUUUUCUCUUGGGAUUUUAGUUGGUUCUUCCUUGAGACAUGUGUAUCGUGAAGCUAAUAUGGCUGCCCAUAAUUUAGCUAAACUAGCUUUACAUUCUUCUUUUAAUCUUUCAUGGAGUGGGCUUGUCCCUCCUGAUAUUAGAGGCUUUGUGGCUUCUCAUUGUACUCUUUGA